AAAGUACCUGCUUUCACACAAGGGCCACUUCUGGUUUCCCUCCCCACUCAGCACACCACUUGGGAGGGCCUUUCCGUCACUUCUCAUAAUGCAAGUGACUUUGAUUUCUCUGCCACAAGUGAAUGAGGGACAGAGGGAGUGUCUUCUUUGCUACCGGAGCCUGCCCCGGAAUUAGCCUUCUGCGCUGUUCAGAAGACCCAGCUGUUCUGAGCUCUGAGUGCUGCAGCCCCUUGGUGAGACAACCAUGUCCUGGAGGCUCUCUGCAGUGCUGGUGUCCUUCGUGUCCCUGGCCGUGUUUUUGCAUUACGGCCAUCAUAUGAAAGCAAAAGUUUUUCCAGAAAUCACAGACUCUUCUUCACCUACAACAGCAGCAACAGUACAGGCCACAGCAGAACCUUCUCUCUGGAAGCCAACUAACCACACGCCUCACAAAACUUUAGCAGCAAAGUCAACAGACGGUCAUGUCACCUCUCAGAUAGCUACCACAGUGACCAACUCUGAGACCCUCACCACACACACAACCAUAACAACUCUAGCAGCAACUUCCCUGGCAACUACAAACAGCACCCCAUCUACCAGCCCAACAACCCACACCCUGGUCACAACCCUGGCCACACCCAACACAUCACACAUAGCUACUCCAGUCACUGAGGCUGCAGUCAGCCCCAGUGCAGGUCUCAGUUCACCGCUACCCACCAUCAUCCCACCAGCCCACACAACUGGAACCAGGUCAUUAACCCUCAGCCCCACAGCUGGGAAAACCACUCAACCCAGUAACCAGACCACCCUUCCAGCAACUUUGUCCACCUCACCACACAACAGCACCGCCAGUCAGAAGCCUACUCACCCCACCCAUAUCCCAGGGCCAACUACAGGCGCACACAAUACCACGAAAACGGCCUCCCCUGCCACCAUAGCUCCCAGGCCCACCCUUGCACCUCAGCCAUCAUCAGCCAAGACUGGAAUUUAUCAAGUUCUAAAUGGAAGCAAGCUCUGUAUCAAAGCAGAGAUGGGAAUAGAGUUGACAGUUCAAGAUACACAGUCGGUUUUUUCACCUCAGAGAUACUUCAACAUCGACCCCAAUACAACCCAAGCCUCCGGAAACUGUGGCUCCCGAAAAUCCAACCUUCUCUUGAAUUUCCAGGGCGGAUUUGUGAAUCUCACAUUUACCAAGGAUGAAAACUCGUAUUAUGUCAGUGGAGUGGGAGCCUAUCUGACCGUCUCAAAUCCAGAGAAAGUUUACCAAGGAAUGCAAAAUGCUGUGGUGAUGUUUGAGACCACGAUCGGGCACUCCUUCAAGUGCGUAAGUGAACAGAGUAUCAAGCUGUCAACCCACCUUCAGCUGAACACAAUGAACGUCCAGCUUCAGGCCUUUGAUUUCGAAGACGACCACUUUGGAAAUGUGUUGCCAUUCAGUAUUUUUAACAGGAAGUUUAUGAAAGUUGGCAACCACUGCUUAUCUAGGACAUGGACUACUUUCCCUUGAGGUAUUGAGGGGGUGGGGAGAGCACACAGCAGCUUCAAGAGAGCUUCAAACGCCCCUGAACAGGCUGGAGAGUGAGGACAUUUCUGUUUCCUCCUUACCACAGGAGGUGUUGAUGCAAAUCUGGGAUUGAGGACUCUGUGUUCCCCAAAGCCACUUGGGUGGAACAGCAAGGGCUUAGCUUUGGAGAGAUGCCAUCCGUCUGCAUCUUCUCCCUCCAGCAGGUGUCAGUCAGUACCCACACCAGACGCCCAUUUCCAGUUCAGCCUCAAGUGUUCUUGGAAGGUUCUAUACCGCAGAGCACGGAUUAUGUAUUUACCGUGCCACCAACCAUCUUGGAGAAUGACCUAAAGAAGGUUCUAGUGUGGAAGUUUCUCCCACAGCAGAUGGAAAAUGAAAUGGAAUUAAAAUCAAGAGAGGGAGAAGGCAGUUCACUUGAGUUUAAUUUGCCUUUCAACCAUCUUCCUGAGUUCUUUGAAGUGAUGGCUGCUGCUUGGACUCCUAUGAUCUACCCAUCCCCCCGCCACAUCAGUUGUCUUUAAAAUUGCUUUGAGGAGUUCCCGUCGUGGCUCAGUGGUUAACGAAUCUGACUAGGAACCAUGAGAGUGCGGGUUCGAUCCCUGGCCUUGCUCAGUGGGUUAAGGAUCUGGCGUUGCCUUGAGCU